GUGGGAUCCUUCAACUUCCGACUAUUCCAGAAGCAUGCUCGGGCCAGUGUAUACGACGACAUUGGAUUUCUCUAAACGAGUCUGCUGUGUACAGAGGAGAAGGCAGUUAUUCGGAGAACAAAGAGGAUGGAAAAGAUAACUAUAUCAAGUAGAACCACAUUUAUUGGUCUUGCAACUGCCACUGUUGCAUGUGUUCUACUCUACUCUCAAGAUUUUCUUCCCUUACAACGGGCACAUAUAACGUGGCAGAAUGUGUUUAAGGGCCAGAAGCAACAACAACACCUCCAAGCUCCACCAUCUCGUGCAUCUCAUACAAAAUGCACGCUUGCGCACACCAGCCUAGCGUUUCUCAAGGUGCACAAAGCCGGGUCCACUACCAUCAUGAACAUCCUACAAAGAUUUGCAUGGGACAAUAACCUGUUGGUAGCCCUGCCUUCUCCUAGCCACAUAAUACACAGUAACUUUAAGAAUUUGCUGUUCCUUCCAAAGGGACGCAACUCGUACGACAUGCUGUUCAACCACGUGCAUCACUAUGACCGGAAGAAGUUCGCUAAACUUUUACCAGCGGACGCAAAGUACAUCGGCAUCGUUAGAGAGCCGCUUUCGCUGACGAUAUCGGCGUUCGAGUAUUACAGAGUGGUUUGGCGUUUGAAGCGUUAUACCAAGAUUCCAGGAAAUGAUAAGUUAAGAGAAUAUUUACGUCACCGGGAAAAGUACGACAAUUCACCUGGAUCCUUCACCAAUAAUCGCAUGGCUUUUGAUUUCGGGUUACCUGGUCGCAUGUUCCGUAAUCGAACUUUUAUCACUAAAUAUCUAAAAAAACUGGACUCGGAAUUUGACCUGGUGAUGAUAUUGGAAUAUUUCGCCGAAUCUCUGAUUUUCCUCAAACGCUUGAUGUGUUGGAAGCUCAAAGACGUGCUCUACAUCAAAAGGAACGCCAUGAAAAAUAAGAGACCCCAUAUUGUUUUCAGCAAAGAGGAAUUGUCGUAUCAUAAAAACUUUUCAAUGGCGGACACCAUGUUGUACGACCACUUCCUGAGUCGAUUCAAGCUAAGACUAACACAAGAGAACAGGGAAUUUUGGGAGGAAGUUAGUGUCUUUAAGGGUAUGUUGGGGAAAACAGAAUCAUAUUGUCUUAGUGUAAAAAACAAUGGCACGGACACUCAUGCCAACAGCUCUUUGUUAUUCCAAGAAACAAAAUUCAACGAUGUUUUCGCAAUAAAUAGAAAUGACUGCAGCCUCAUGCUUAUUUCGGAGAUACCAUUUGUGAGAAAAUCACGAUGGAAACAUGCCCAAAUGCUUUCCGACGCAAACAAGAAAACUUUCACCGGUUAAAGUUGCAGUUUACGUGAAAUUAAAGGUGUGAAUACCACCAUUAUUGACGUCAUCGUUUUGAACCUCCGUUAUUGUCUUUAUACUGCCAGACUGUUCGCUGAACCUCAUGUGACGCAAUACAAACGGAAAUCUCAUUGUGAGACUAGCCUACUAUAAAGAAAUCCUGGUUCAUACGUGACCUUUGUGACCAUGUGCACGUACGAGGCAUGGCCCAGCGUUGUGUUUUCCAGUACCAUCUACAUAUUCCCUGUAAAACUUCUCUGGUACUAAAAUACUGUAUUCAUCUUUUCAACUUUUUGGUAUUAGUUUUCAUGUGAUUCACGAAUAACUGUUGAACAGACUUCUGCUGUAAGUUAUUCCUUUGAGAUCCUAACUUAAUGUGCGAAGUUUUUGUAUAUCAAAGGAAAAUAUUUAAAUCCGCCAGGUAAGUAUACUUAUUCAAAUCUGUGGGCCGACAUUAUAGGAAAAAU